GCGCACAGUUGCCGUGUGGGCAGGACUGAGGGUACCGGUCUGUUUGUUUCUCUUACCUGAAGGAGCGUGCGGGAAGUCGGCAAGGUCCCGUCAAGGCUAGGAAACAUUCGUCUCGUCUGUAUCACCUGUCACGGCGAGCUGUUCCGGCGUCGACGACAGAUUUUCCACGAGAAGUGGACCACCAACGCCCUCCAUCCUGCAGUCUUCACUGGGGCGGACUAGCGAAAGGCUGCGGACAAAACGACCGCCGGAGUCCGAUGCACCGAGCCUGCCUACAAGGGGAGACGCAGUCUCGUUCUGACCGGGAAGCAGUGCUAGGGUACCACUGAGUCACUGGCGUGAUUUGCAUGCCGGGUACAGACCCUCCGUCACACCAGACCAGCGCUGCAGUUCCCAGUGUAAGCACGGCGAACUUCGGUCGCGUUCUUUACGGCUGAGCUGGGUCGGGUGUCUUCCAAAGGUAGAGAAAUCCAAGACAGGCGCAGGCCAGGGCUGUCAUCGGCAACUGCGACGUCUUCGCCAAUAGAGUCCAGAAGCCGACGGAAGCUGCCACCGCCGGGAAACACCUGCUGAGGAUUUCUUAUUCAUGCCCAUUGUCGGCUGGGUGGACCUUUAGUGCCGCGAGCCAGGAAGCCAACUUCUAUAUCAUUUCGUGUCCAGUGGAUUCCUUGCACCCAGGACUACUGCUGCUUCAACAUGGGUGGAUACGCAGCUAUCGUUGCGGUACUGUUAAGUACAUUGUUACGAUGUGGGAAUACGGUUCCAGUUCAGGGGGAUACACACAAUGUGGCGAACGUUUCCAAGCCGAUCAUCUCUUCGGCUAGCGUCAACACGCCCGCCGGUGGGAUGGUCUUCAACCAUGUUUACAACAUCAACGUUCCUCCGGUGCUGUGCGCGGGAGCCGACGGGAAGGUCACGCAAACGUCAGGAACGGUGGAGGUGGGAGAAGGCGGCGAUGGCGCGCCGUUCCUCGCCAACACCUUCGUUCCAGGAGGUGGAAGUGGAGGCUGCUGCAACAACGGCGGCAGUGGCUCCGGCGGAGAUUUAUUGAACGGGGAGACAGGAUCUCUGGUCACGGCUCUACAAGAAAGCACGGAAGAUCUCAAGAAGCAACUGGCAGAGCUCCUGAAGGAGUUCGAGCAGUUCAAGCAGUCGUGUGGGUGCGUCGGAGCACAGGGCCAACCUGGCGUUUGCGACCCGGCGUGUAAGUACGGGAAGUGUGAGAACGGGAGGUGCGUGUGCGACGAGGGCUUCACUGGUGACGACUGCUCGGAGCGUGCGUGCCCUGACAACUGCAAGGACCGGGGCGACUGUGUCAACGGCGUCUGCGUCUGUAAACCUGGAUUUACUGGUGCCGAUUGUUCGCUGAGAGCGUGUGUGCCAGACUGCGGGGACCGGGGCCGAUGCGUGGAUGGCGUAUGUCAGUGCGAGCCAGGGUAUGAAGGCCCCACCUGUACGUCCCGUUCCUGUCCAGGUAACUGCAUGGGCAGGGGAGUAUGUGUCGACGGAGUCUGCCAAUGCGAGCCUGGCUUUACUGGCCCGGAUUGCUCUUCAACCAGCUGCCCCAACGACUGUUUCGGCAGAGGUGUGUGUGUCGACGGCGUGUGCCAAUGUGAGCCUGGCUUCGUUGGCGAGGACUGCUCAGCAGAGCUCUCAGUACCAGGGCCCAUCACGGGUGUCUUCACCAGAGACAUCACCAUCAACUCCAUCUUCAUCGGAUGGGUGGAGGAGGACUACGUGGACAAGUACCACCUGGAGUACCGCCGCACCAACGAGCUGAACGGCUGGAACGAGAUCGAGGUGUUUGACCCUGGCUACACGGUGACCGGCCUGGCCUCUGCCACGGAGUACCAGUUCCGAGUGUCCGGAGAGAACGUCAAGGGUAGAGGCGAGCCGAGCGAGGUGGUGGAGGUCGCCACGAAAGCGGUGGUCAACCCUGGUGCUCCACGAGGAGUAAGUGGGAUGCCCCUGAACCCUUACACUGUCCGUGUGGAGUGGCGACCCCCCACCAACCCAACUGACGACAUCUUUGGAUACAAGUUGCAUUAUCAGAAACCCGAGGACAGUUACCCACAAACUGUAGACAUGGGGAACCCACCUGAUUCUACAUAUGUCCUGCGAGGAGUGUCUCCAGAUACACAGUACAACAUGUGGGUGACACCGUAUGGUCCUAGAGGUGACGGACCUCAGAGUGAGCCUUUCACUGUUCAAACGCAAGAUGACCCUAGUGGGUCAACAGAUAUGGGGGCUCCUGGUGCCCCACUGGGAGUCACUGGGCUUUCCGUGGAUCCUUACACCAUCCAAGUAGAUUGGCAACCCCCCACCUACCCCAUGGACGACAUCUCUGGAUACAGGUUGCUAUAUGCGAAGGAAGGAGACACUACACGGGAGACUGUUGACAUGGGUAACCCACCCGACUUAACCUACAAUCUCGCUGGAGUGUCUCCUGAUACACAGUACAACAUGUGGGUGAUGCCGUAUGGCCCUGGAGGCGACGGACCUCAGAGUCAGCGUUUCACUGUACAAACGCAGCGUGAGGACCUGGGCAGCAUUGCACCAAAGGGGGCCCCAGGAGCAGCGUCAGCUGUCACAAGGGAUGCCUCCAGCCUCCUGGUGGAGUGGGAAGCUCCCACCCUGCCCGAGGGAUCGCCAGACCUCCUGGGAUUCAGGCUAUUCUGGAGGAAGGUCGGAGAGGGCGAGUACCAGACUGUUGAAGUUGGCCCAGAAGAGCUGUCUUACGUCCUGAUGGACCUCGAUACCUUCACUGAGUAUGAGAUGUACGUCGUCGCAUUUAACGCUAAUGGAGAUGGACCCAACAGUGACACCUUUACUGCUAUGACCGCUGAAGGAGAGGACACUGGUGCUCCCCUCGGAGUGGCAGGAGAGCCAGUUAGCCCUUACAGCGUACGUAUACAAUGGCGCCCUCCCACAAACCCACCUGAACCUGUCAUGGGCUACCGAUUACUGUACCAGAGGUACGGCGAUGACAAUCAGCAGCUCGUUGACAUGGGACAUCCCGACGACUUCAGCUUCAUGCUGCGAGGCCUGUCACCCGGCAGCCAGUACGACUUCUGGGUGACGCCGUACGGAAACAGGGGCGAUGGUCCGAGGAGCGAGAGGGUGACCCUACAGACAGGCUCUGGUGUACCCGGUGCCCCUGUUGGUCUUAUUGGAGAAGCGGUGGACUCCCAGAGCAUAACGGUGAGAUGGAAUGAACCAGAGAGGACCAUGGGAGUUAUCACUGGAUACAAGAUAACGUACCAGCCUGAGGGUGGAGCCCCCGCUGAAGCCUUAGUCCCCGGAUCAGACAGGACUCACCUUCUGACGGGACUUACUCCCUACACCGUGUACACCAUCUAUGUUGUCGGUCUCACCUCACAGGGAGAGGGAGAGAGGAGCGACAGUGUCACUGUCCGGACAUUUGAGGGUGCGCCUGCUCGUCCCGUUGGCGUCACGGCAAACGCCCUGGAUGCCCGGUCUAUCCAAGUAACAUGGCAGGAGCCCGAGGUGAACCGUGGCGUCAUCACCGCUUACAACGUGUAUUACCAGCCCGCUUCGACGACCGCUAACCAAGAGCCUAGCAAACAGACAGUUAGCCCCUAUGAGCUCUUCUCCCUGCUUGGAGGAUUGCAGCCAGCCACUGAGUAUGUGAUCAGUGUGGCUGCGAUCACCUCAGCAGGAGAGGGGGAACGAAGUGACAAAGUGACAGCACAGACAAGAGCAGGUGUUCCAGACGCACCAAGAGACUUCCAAGCAGAAGCAGUGGAUGCCACAAGCAUCCAAGUUUCGUGGGAGCCCCCAGCAAACACAAACGGAGAACUGCAGGGAUACAAAAUCCUGUACCGGCAAGCCGGCACAGAAGCCAUUUCCAUUGCUGAGGUUGCCCCAGCAGCACAGUACCACCUCCUGACUGAACUUCAGCCAUUUACAGUUUACCUCCUUGCCCUGGUAGCCUUCACUGAAGGCGGGGAGGGAGAAACCAGCAGUGAGGUCACGGUACAGACAGAUGAGGAUGUACCCAGCCCCCCACAGGAUGUAACCGUGGAACCUAUUGAUUCAACCUCCGCCCGUGUAGUCUGGCAGCCACCUGCCGAGCCUAAUGGAAUUCUGCAAGGCUACAAGGUCCUGUACAAGGACUCUAACGCAGCAGAGUACACAACCCAUGAGGUUGAAGCUUCAGAAAUGUCCUAUGUUAUUUCUGACAUGAUACCUGGCACGGAGUAUGUGGUCGCUGUGUCAGCCUUCACCGGAGCUGGUGAUGGCUCUCCUAGUGAGGAACUCAGAAUCCAAACAGAGGAAGGUGUUCCGGAUGUCCCAACCUCCGUCGUGGCUGAGGGAAUCGAUGCUCAGUCCAUCCGUGUGAGUUGGCAGCCAUCAACUGAAACAAAUGGUGUGCUGCUAGGGUAUUACAUCUACUACACACCGGAGGGGUCCGAUGAGGAGCAAAGGGCACAAGUGGAGCCCACUGACACAUCCUAUGUGGUUGGUGGCCUCCAGCCAUUCACUGUGUAUAUCAUAUCAGUGAGUGGUUUCACAGCAGCAGGCGAAGGUGACAGGAGUGAUGAAACAAGAGUCCAGACUUUACAGGGCGUUCCGGCAUCACCCACUGGUCUGGGUGCCACUCCUGUUGACCCUCGGACUGUCCGUGUGGAGUGGCAGCCUCCUCAACAACCCAAUGGAGAAAUCCAAGGAUACAACAUCUACUACAGGACAACAGAAUCUGAUGAGGAUGCCUUGCAGCAAGCAGGAGCGCAGGACAUUUUCCUGACGCUUACUGGACUAAGUCCUUUCACUGAGUACACCAUAAGGGUCUCUGCACUCACUGGAGUUGGUGAAGGCCAGACAAGUGACUCAGUGACAGUUUUGACACCGGCUGGUGCUCCAUCAUUUCCGAUGGACGUUGAGGCCAAUGCUGUUGACUCCCAGUCUAUCAGGAUCAAUUGGCAACCACCAACAGAACCCAAUGGCAAUGUUCUCGGCUAUAACAUCUUCUACACUACUGACGGAGAAAGCAGCAACAACCAACAGACGGUUGGUCCUGAUGACACCACAUACGUCAUUGAGGGAUUGCGACCCGCCACACAGUAUGCCAUCACUCUGAAUGCUUUUACGGAGGCAGGGGAGGGUGAGCGUACAGAGGAGAGGGUUGUUACAACGCUCACUGAUGUUCCUGGUGCCCCGGCUAGCAUAGAUGCCACGGCAGUUGACACAACAUCAAUCAGAGUAGAGUGGCAGGCUCCCUCUGAAAUGGGCGGAACGCUCUUAGGAUACAAAAUCUACUACCAGCUCGUGGGUGAGGACAGUCCAUCCACAGCUGAUGUAGAGCCAACUGAGAUCUCCUACCUGCUCACCGAGCUCCAGCCAUACAGCGAGUACCUCAUCUGGUUAGUUGGCUACACGGAAGCUGGAGAAGGCGACAGCACUGAGCAGGUUACUGUCCAAACACCGCAAGGGGUUCCAACCGCACCACGCGAAGUUGUUGCAGUUGCUACUGGUCCCACAUCUGCAACUGUCAAUUGGCAGCCACCAUUGGCAAACAAUGGUCAGCUGCUUGGGUACAAGGUGUACUAUCAAAACAACCUCGAUGAAAAAGUGACAGUAGCAGAGCUGUCAGCUUCUGAACUAUCCCACACAAAUGACGACAUCGAGCCAAUGACUGAAUAUCUGAUCUCAGUGCUGGCCUUUACAAGUAUAGGAGAGGGACCCCAUAGUCAGGAAGUUACUCUACGAACUGAGGAAGGUGUUCCUGGUAGUCCAAUAGGGGUGGAAGGAGACCCCAUUGAUUCAACAUCAAUCCUCGUGAGAUGGCAGGAACCUCCAGAUCGAAAUGGAAUUCUUCUUGGCUACUAUAUCUACUUCCUAACCGUAGGCUCAAAUGGAGAGCAAAGGGGUCAGGUCCCAGCUAGUGAGGACUCCUAUGUUAUCACUGGCCUGAACCCCUUUACCAAAUACUUUGUUACGAUCUCUGCCGUAACUGGGGCAGGGGAAGGAGAGAGAAGUGACGGAGUGACAGUCGAGACUCUAGAAAGUGUUCCAGCAGCUCCAACAGAUCUUCAGGCAUCAGCAGUUGAUGCUCGCACCAUCCAGGUAUACUGGCAGCAACCACAGCAGGCCAAUGGAAAUCUACUAGGAUAUAAGCUCUUCUAUCAGGGAUUUGAAGAUGAGGAUGUCACUGUCUUAGAGAUCCCAUCCACGGACACAUCUUGGCUGCUUUCUGGCUUACAGCCGGCAACUGAAUACCUGAUUUGGGUAGUUGCCUACACGGGUGCUGGAGAUGGCGAGAGACCCAACGAGGUUAUUGUGCAGACUCUAGAAGGGGUGCCCGAUGCACCCCGUGACAUUGUCGCAUCUGCAACUAACCCAACAACAAUCAGGGUGAAGUGGCACGCACCCCGACAGACCAAUGGCGUUUUGCUCGGGUACAAAGUGUUCUACAAGCACACAGCUGACGACGAGAUCCAAGCUGCUGUAGUCGCGCCUAACAAACUGAACCACACUAACAUUGACGUGGACCCAAUGACAGAGUAUGUAGUGACUGUGUCUGCAUUCACCAGUGCUGGAGAUGGGCCAGAGAGUCGACCAGUUACAGUUCGAACACAGGAGGGUGUUCCCAGUAGUCCAUUUGGACUGUAUGCCUAUGCGUUGGAUACAGACUCAAUCAGUAUAAGUUGGCAGCUACCAUUAGAUCCAAAUGGUGUGAUAGAGGGAUACAACCUGUACUAUGAAGCGGAUGGAAGCGAAGAUGAAGAGAUGGUUCAAGUUGGUCCAGAGGAUGGAGUAAACAGCCCCUAUGUGCUGGCUGGUCUGCAGCCCUACACAUUGUACAGCUUGGAAAUAGCUGGCGUGACUGGUGGCGGAGAAGGGGACAGGAGCGAUCAAGUGAAAGUGACAACCUUGGAGGGUGUUCCGAGUAAACCUCUCCGGGUUGCUGCCUCUGCUGUCGACCCGAGAACCAUUCGUGUAGACUGGAGGCCACCACGAAAGGCAAAUGGAGAAAUUAUGGGCUACAAUGUCUUCUAUGGUCCGAGUGAUGCAGAUGAAGUGUCAUCUAAAACUGUGGACCCCAAUGAUAAUAUGGUCCGACUGGAUGGUCUGGAGCCAUUUACAGAAUAUACCAUUAUCUUGUCGGCUUUCACAUUGGUGGGCGGUGGAGACAGGAGUGAGCCUGUGAUUGUGAGGACACCAGCUGCUGCACCGACACGUCCCCUAAGCGUGACAGCCGACGGACAAGGCCCUGACUCUGUAGAAGUCACAUGGCAGAGCCCUGCUGAGAACAAUGGAAAUCUGCUCGGUUAUUACGUCUACUACCAAGUUGUGGGGAGUACAGAGACAUCAAGAUCUGAGACUGGUCCUGACGAAACCACUUACAGUAUCAGUGGGCUGCGGCCUGCUACAGAAUACAUAAUCACUGUCACUGCUUACACAUUGGGUGGAGAGAGUGAACGUAGUGAGGAAGUCCUAGUCAGCACUUUGAGUGGUGUCCCUUCAACACCCCUAAGUGUGACUGCCAACGGACAAGCCCCUGAUACCGUAGUAGUCACAUGGCAGAGCCCUGCAGAGACCAAUGGAGACCUGCUUGGCUAUUACAUCUACUACCAAGUUGUGGGAAGCACAGAGACUUCACAAGCUGAAGCUGGUCCUGACGAAACGACUUACAGCAUCAGUGGGCUGCGGCCUGCUACAGAAUACAUAAUCACUCUCACAGCUUACACAGAGGGUGGGGAGAGUGAACGUAGUGGGGAAGCUCUGGUUCGCACUUUGAGUGGUGUCCCAUCAACACCCCUCGGUGUGACUGCUGAGGAAAAUGCUCCUGACGCCAUUUUGGUUACAUGGGAACCUCCGACACAGACCAAUGGAGACCUGCUUGGUUAUUACAUCUAUUACCAAGUUGUGGGAGACACAGAGACGUCACGAGCAGAGGCUGGUCCUGACGACGUGGCUUACAUCAUCAGUGGGCUACAGCCUGCUACAGAAUACAUAAUCACUGUCACAGCUUACACAGAGGGUGGGGAGAGUGAACAUAGUGGGGACAUCCAGGUUCGCACUUUGAGUGGUGUCCCACCAACACCCUCUAGUGUGACAGCAGAAGGCGAGGCUCCUGACAGUAUUAAGGUUGCAUGGCAAUCUCCUGCCCAAACAAACGGAAACCUUGGUGGUUUCCGCAUCUAUUACCGCGUUCUUGGGACGUCAGAGAAGUCCAGUUCAGAGAUUGGACCUGAUGAGAUGAUGUACAGCAUCCGUGGGCUGCAGCCCGCCACAGAUUAUGUAGUUACACUGUCCUCUCACUCCGAUGGGGGUGAGAUCGAGAGUGAACGAACAUCGGAAAUUGUAGUUCGAACCUUAAGUGGUGCACCAUCAACACCCUUGGGUGCAACUGCUGAAGGACAAGCACCUGACACAAUUCAAGUUACAUGGCAGCCGCCAACCCAGACCAAUGGAGACCUCCUCGGUUAUUACAUCUACUACCAAGAAGUGGGAAGUACAGAGACUUCACGAGCUGAAGCUGGUCCUAUUGAAACCACUUACAGCAUCAGCGGGCUGCGGCCUGCUACAGAAUACAUAAUCACUGUCACAGCUUACACAGAGGGAGGGGAGAGCGAACGUAGUGGGGAAGUCCUAGUCAGCACUUUGAGUGGUGCCCCAUCAACACCCUUAAGCGUGACUGCUGAAGGACAAGCCCCUGACACAAUUACAGUCACAUGGCAGGCCCCGGCAGACACCAAUGGAGACCUGCUUGGCUAUUACAUCUACUACCAAGUUGUUGGAAGCACAGAGACUUCACAAGCUGAGACUGGUCAUGAAGAAACCACUUACAGUAUCAGCGGGCUGCAGCCUGCUACAGAAUACAUAAUCACUCUCACAGCUUACACUGAGGGUGGGGAGAGUGAACGUAGUGGGGAAGUCUUGGUCCAAACCUUGAGUGGUGCCCCAUCAACACCCCUAGGAGUGAGUGGUGAGGGACAAGCUCCUGAUGCAAUAAGAGUCACAUGGCAGGCCCCGACUGAAACCAAUGGUGACCUGCUUGGCUACUACAUCUACUACAACGUUUUUGAGAGUGAAGAGACCUUGAAGGCUGAAGCUGGACCAGAUGACACAACCUACCUCAUCAGUGGGCUGCGGCCUGCUACAGAAUACGAAAUCUAUCUAACUGCCUACACUGUAGGUGGUGAGAGUGAGCGUAGCCAGUCAGCAUUUGUUCGCACAUUAGUUGGUGCACCUGGUGCACCAGCCAGCAUUAGAGCAUCCUCACUAGGCUCUGAAGCCAUAGAAGUGUCUUGGCAGCCUCCACCACAGUCAAAUGGAGAGAUACUGGGGUAUCGUCUUCAUUACCAGAUAGUAGGAGAAGAGAGUGCCUCGACCCAGGAGGUUGAGGGUUACGAGACAUUUUACUUACUGAGGGGCCUUAGGCCAGUCACAGAGUACUCCAUCUGGCUUCUAGCCUUCACUGCUGCAGGGGAUGGAGAGAGGAGUGAACAAGUUACUGUACAAACGGCAGAGGGGGUGCCUGGAGCUCCUAGAGAUGUCAAAGGUCAAGCCGUAGAACCCACCACUAUUACAGUCGAUUGGCAACCCCCCCUAGAGAUCAAUGGGGUCCUCCUUGGAUACAAGGUGAUAUACAUGCCUGAAAAUGCUGCUGAGUUCUCGACUGUUGAGUUGGGACCAGCAGAGCUGUCCACGAUGCUGUUGGAUUUGGAACCAGCGACGACAUAUUCCAUUGUCGUGUUAGCCUUUACUUCGGCAGGGGAUGGGGAUGAGAGUGAGGAAAUCCUAGUCAGCACAAUGCAGGGUGUUCCCGGUGCUCCAACUGAUCUUUCUGCUGUCGAAACAACGUCCAACUCCAUGAAACUGAGCUGGCAGGCACCCGAAGGCGAUAUUGAAGGGUACCGUGUUUUCUACUCAUUAACCGGGAGCGACACCGAGGAAGCCGUUGACACGAGGUCAGCUGAUGCAUCAUGGUCUCUGAGUGGACUGCAGCCGUUCGGAGAGUACUCCAUUUCGGUUCUAGCCUACAACUCAGCUGGCGAUGGCGAAAGAAGUGAGACGAUCACAGUGCAAACAGAAGAGGGUGUCCCGGGAGCCCCACGUGAAGUUCAGGGACUUGCCAUUGACUCGACAACGAUCGAGCUGCAGUGGAUGCCACCGUCACCUGAUGAGCAAAAUGGUGUGAUCAAGGGGUACAAAAUCUUGUACAAGAAAGUUGGGGAAGAAGGGGAGAAUGAAGAAGAUGCAGGCCUCCUUGACUUGAUGUACACUUUGUCUGAUCUGGAGAAGUGGACAGAGUACAACAUUUGGGUGUCUGCCUACACCAGUGCAGGAGAUGGAUUAAGAAGUCCGGUCAUAGUUGUCAGAACAGGAGAAGAUGUUCCUGGUCCUCCCAUCGGCAUUGAGGCAAGGCCUGGAGAUGAUUCUGCUAGCGUACUUGUACAAUGGCAGCAGCCAAUUGUGCAAAAUGGAGUCAUAGUCGGUUACAAGAUCUUGUACCAGAAGUCAGGGGACGAAGAUGUGGAAGAAACUGAUAUCGGAACCCCACAGUUGGCCUUCACCUUGGGUGGGCUGGACUGGGAUGACUACAACGUUUGGGUCGUGGCCUACACUGGAGCAGGAGAUGGUGAUCGAAGUGAUCCGGUGUUAGUCCGACCGGCAGAGGGCGUUCCCGGACCACCAAGCGCUGUGUUUGCCAGACCACUGGAUUUUGAUACCGUUGAUGUGCGCUGGCAACCACCCCUCUACAUCUACGGUCAACUCUUGGGUUACAAAGUCUUGUAUCGGUCAGCUAAUGAGAUAGAAAACCAGGUUGUUGUCACUCCGACCAUGGAAACAUCCUUUACGCUACCUGGACUUGAGCCGGACACCAUCUACAUCAUCUCUGUGGUUGCUUACACAAUAGCUGGAGAUGGCCCACGGAGCAAUGAGUUCGUUGUUCGAACCCUUGAGGGUGUUCCUGGGCCAGUUCAAAGCCUAUCAGGGCUGGUGUGGGAUUCACAGAGUGUCCAGCUUCGCUGGCAACCACCCUAUAAUGCUUACGGACAAAUCCGUGGGUACAAAGUCUUCUAUCAGAGGAUGGGGCAGAUCUCACCAAGCGCUGAAGACACGCAGUCCACAGGACCGGUGUAUAAACUAACGGGACUGAAGAAGUGGACAGAGUACAUCAUCUCGGUCGCUGCUUAUACCAGCAGGGGUGAUGGCAUGAAAAGCAAUCCAAUCAUCAUUCGCACGAUGCAGGACGUUCCGGGAGCGCCACAAGACGUCCAGGGGAUCGCUCAAGGUUCAAACGCGCUACGUGUGACGUGGCAACCCCCAACAGAUCGCAAUGGCGUGAUCCAAGGCUACAAGGUUUACUAUGCAAGGAUGGGCACGGAGGACUAUACCGAAAUCAACACACAAAAUACCGAGCUCUCCUAUGAACUGUCCGAACUCAGAGCAUGGACCAGCUACACAUUCUCUGUGUCUGCCUACACAAGCGUAGGAGAAGGGCCGAAAAGUAGUAAGGUGACCACAAGGACAGAAGAGGGCGUGCCUAGUGUAGGCCCAGGCAACCUGAAUGCAGAAGCAGUCGAUGCCGGAUCAAUCCGUGUGUCGUGGACGAGAAUAUCAGACGCGGAGGCUGGCGGGGCACUGCAAGGGUACCAGGUCUUCUACCAGGCCAUACCGGCUGACGGGGCCCUGGAGAUCAGCGAUGCACAGGUUUACAAAGUGGAGGGUGCAGACACUUUGGAGGCUACCCUAACAGGCCUGGAAGCUGGCACCAGGUAUGCCAUUACUGUCAGCGGGUACACCAGCAGGGGAACAGGUAUUCGCGCAGAUCUGGUUGAGGCAACGACACAGACCGCAGGCACGGAUGAAGGGCCCGCCGUGGGUCCCGGUGGAAUCCCUUACCCCAACCCCACGGACUGUGGCCAGGUGGUGGCCAAUGGGGAGACAGAGAGCGGCCCCUUCACCGUCUACCCCUCGGACGGCGGCGAGCCCAUCGAGGUUUGGUGUGACAUGGAGACGGACGGCGGAGGCUGGAUCGUUUUCCAGAGACGGCAGGACGGCUCUGUAGACUUCUGGAGACGGUGGAGAGAGUACCGGGCAGGAUUCGGUGAAAACACAGGAGAAUUCUGGCUUGGUAAUGAGAACAUCCACAGAUUAUCCCACCAGGGAGACUACCAGCUGCGUAUUGACCUGGCAGAUGGCACUGAUGCAGUGUACGGAGAGUGGGACAACUUCAAACUCGGCUCAGAGUCGGAUCUGUACAAACUUAACAUCGGGGAAUACUCUGGAACUUCAGGUGACUCCCUCACCUACCACAACAACAGGCCUUUCUCUACGAGGGACAAGGACAAUGAUGUCGCCCUCAGCCACUGUGCCUUUGCUUACCAUGGUGCAUGGUGGUACAAGAACUGUCAUCGUAGCAACCUGAAUGGCCAGUACGGUGACAACACGCACAGCCAGGGUGUCAACUGGUAUCACUGGAAGGGCCACGAGAAGUCUGUUCCAUUUGUCGAAAUGAAAAUGAGAUCCAUGGAUUUUAAGACAAAAUAUGCAAGAGCAGAGUAAGGCAAGUGAUUUCCCUGUAGUCAAAUGCAAGACAUAUGAAAAAGAAACUUUCAAACUAUUUUACAGCUUUUUCAAAUGAUGCCUUGCUUCUAUGUUUGUUCAAAGACUUUGCACUCAUGUUAAAAAAGAGAGAAAGAGCUGUUGAUUGUUGUAACCCCCUCUUCAGAGUACU